AUGCCGUCGGUCAGGUUAGGAUCAGUCGCGCCCGAAUUCUCUGCCGAGACGACGAAUGGUCCGAUCAAGUCCUUCCACGAGUGGACAGCCGAUUCAUGGGCCAUCCUCUUCUCUCAUCCUGCCGACUUUACGCCCGUUUGCACCACCGAGCUGGGCGAGGUUGCCCGACGACAAAAGGACUUCGAGGCUCGUAAUACCAAAGUCAUCGGCCUCAGCUGCAACGAGCUCAAGUCUCAUGAUGACUGGAUCAAAGACAUUAACCGUGUCAACUCAGUCCAAUUAUCUUUUCCAAUCAUCGCUGAUCCCGACCGCAAGAUAGCCACUCUGUACGACAUGUUGGAUGAACAGGAUCUAACCAACCGCGACAGCAAGGGCGUACCAUUUACUGUCCGAUCAGUAUUCGUCAUCGAUCCCGCGAAGAAGGUUAGACUGAUCCUGCAGUACCCAGCCUCGACCGGUCGCCAAUUUGACGAAAUCAUUCGCGCCUUGGACUCGCUCCAACUCGGCGACAAACAUCCCGUCACCACGCCAGCCAAUUGGACCCCUGGCCAGCCAGUCAUCGUUCAUCCCUCAGUCACUAACCAAGAUGCUGAAAAAAUAUUCCCCAACCCCAUCGACCACAAGACCCCUUACCUCAGAAUGACCUCCUUGUAA